AUGAAUGAUAUAAUUUUUCUAGUGUUGGAUGCAUCAACAAAAGUACCUGAUGGAAUAUUGGCCGGAAAUACAUUUCAAUUGGGACAUUUUGACGAAUGCAUUUCCGUUGGCGUCACACUUCCGGAUGAAAAUCGAAAACUCAAAGGACAAUAUUGUUUAGCAGAAAUAGAAUAUUCUCCAAAAGGUGAAAUCGAUGUUUCGAUCGAUCGAAAUUCAAACGAUAUUGAUUUGUUUAACACUUCCGUUUGGUCUCACAUAAAAUCGUUUAAUUUAGAUCGUACGAAAACGAGAAGAGAUGAAAUUUAUUGGGCUAUUUGCGUACCAGAUUCUUGUACACCGGAAGAUGUUAAAAUUUCAAUGGAAGAAGCAUUGAAAAAAACAAAUGGAAAAAAUUCAAUGGAUAUUGACGUCAGAGUUAAAGUCAACGAUAAAUUUUGUCAAGUUGGUACGGAUAAAUUUGAUUUUUCAUGGAUUCGAAUUCCUCAACUUGUCAUGGGGUAA